UUCUUCGACUUGGGCAGAUUAUAAUCACUGUGUCGCGCUGAUAUAGAGAAUACUGUAAGAAGUUCUUCUAGUUUUCGGAGCCUUUCACCGCAAGUCGGACCAAAUCAGAGCCACACAGCAUCAUACACAACUACAGCCACAAGAGACUUACCAUGAGGGGUUCUAUGGAGACAAACGGGCUCUGGGAGCAACACCAUGCCAGCAGAAGACGUCCUUUGAUCUCAAGCACCUCAGAAAUACAGGGCGAGGUUGCGGAAGUAACUCAUCCCCCGCUACAGCCUACUGUGACAGAGGCACGUCGUCGAAAUGUCUCUGCCAUGAAUCGAGAUUCUCAACGGCAGACCCAAAGAAAUCGACACUUGGGAUCUAUUGGAAUUCAGAAAUCUCACCGAACGAUUGGUCAAGGAAUGCGACAUCGAACCCAGAAGGCAGUUAAGCCUGGAAAGACACUAAAUGUGGACGGCUUGUCUCGACCAUUAAGGCCCAAGACUCUGGAGCCCACGUCUUCCCUUAUAACGCCCUCGAUGAGUUUGACCUCUCAAAGCUACGAAAACCUUGCAGGAGAGCAAUAUGAAACCCGGAUACGUUGGAACCAGCACCCGAUAGUGGCCAGACUCCUCCAAAUGUUCGCAUUGUCUAUCCAACCGGCCGCAAAUCACAUGGCUAUCGGCCCUCUCAUCACUCAAUUUGAUUCUAGCUGUCAACACUCUCUGCUGUCCAAGACUGUAGCGCUGAAGUUGGGGCUACGGCUACUGCCCUGGCGCCCCGGAGGUUCUCUCGAGGUGAUGACCGAGUUCGGCUUCUUCAAGCCAACAGAAUACGUCACCGGAAAUAUUCGAGCCAGUCAGUUAUCUAACGGAGACCUCGGAAAAUGCAACGUAGCUCUCUUAGAUGACGAGCAAAUGAUGUCUCUAGGAUUCCAGUUCCUGGUCGGAAAAAAGAUCUUUGACAAGCUUGUGGAGAAGCGCCCCUUGUCUCCGGAACAACGCGCCAACAUCGAUCUCGGUUUUCGAAGAUCUUCACCGAAGCAAUCUGCCGCAGCGCCUUGGGCGCCGGGCCGUGAUGUAAUCUGUGAUGAACACUACAUGAAUCAUCUCCAACCUACGAUGCUUGGCCAGGCAUCAAGCUUCUCGACAAGUUACACGGCCGGUGGCAACCUAUCUGGGUUUUCAGCGGAUGAUGCUGGGCCAGUUUCGACUCCUCGAACAUCAUUUGAUUGCAUGAGGCUUGUUCGUAGUCCUGCGAGCGAUGCGCAAAACGUCAACAGUUGCCGAAGUCUCUGCGGGUACGGCCAAGCACCCUCCCAUGAUAGUUUUCCUCAAACAGAGGCUUUUGGUACCCAGUCGAGCAGUUUCAAUCACAUCCCAUAUGGCCGCAAGAUGAGCAACUCAUCUGAUGUUGCUCAGGUGAGCCUUUCAUUCGAGAACAACUCGAUGUUCGGGGUCUCCAGCGCGACAAACGAUCUAGUAAACGUCAAUUCUCCGACGCUUCCUGGACAUACUACUGCGAUGCAAAUUCCUUUGGGUCGGCCACAGACUUCCCUUAGUGGUACUCUACCAGAAUACUAUGAUGGAAUGCUCACGGGUCCAACUUCGAACUACUGCAGUCCGGGUGGUGCCUCGUAUUCUGGCAAUGACCAAACUCAAGCAGCAAGGCCCUCGCUGCAUGCCCAGCCAGAGGGGCUCACUGCAACUAGUUGGCAGAACGCAGAGUCUCGGACCCAGGUAGACGUGCGGCUAGCAUCGCAGUCAGGAGCGGCGUCUUUGCCUGCAAUUCGGGUCAACUCGUCACCUCUGGACAAUUGCAAUAGCCCCAAUCACCAAGCCUUUUUUGACUCUGACAUGGGUAUAGACCCGUUCUUCUUGUCAUCGUCUUGAUCCUGAUAGAGGACACGAAGAGCCCUCAGCUGAGGAGUGAUUAUACGUUGGGUCGCCGAAAGCGGCUCAGUUAGCUGUCUAGGGUCUCAUCGCCCUAGUUCAGUGCCAUUCAUAGGUGAUACGUCACCCUGAUCCAAACUCUGUAGCAUUGCAGAGUUGGCAUGUGAUCUCUAAGGAGCGUUCUUGUAACAUGUUGCUAGGUUAUAUAGCCUUGGUUCACGCUUCUAAAAGAGCUUUUCAGAGAUAAGUGUCUCGUCUUAUAGUAGUGGGGUUUGGGGAGUACAGUACCCUGUCUUGACAUGACCUCCAUCUUUGGAUGUCUGUUUAGCAACUUGGGAAGGCAUU